GGAAUCUCUGCGUGACGUAAUAUUACCAUUUCCGGUCUGCUUCCUGUUUUGGUAAUGACAACGUUAACCACCCUAAAAUAUAUAGCUAAUUUUCCAAAUUUCUGCCCAUUAUAGCUGUAUUUCCGUACGUCGUCAAUCGCUUGGGAAGGCAUUAUUCAAGAGGAGACGCAAUGGACAGUCGCUGUUAUGGCUGUGCAUCAAAGUUUAGUCUCUUCAAGAAGGAGCUGGGCUGUAAGAACUGCGGACGCUCCUUCUGCUCCAGCUGUUUGAGUCUCAGUGCUGUGGUGCCUCGCUGUGGCAACACCCAGCAGAAGGUCUGCAAGCAGUGUCAUAGUAAUCUCACAAGAGGGGAAUCUUCAAACAAUGCUGGAAGAUGGUCCCCUCCAGAAAACUACAAAAAACGGGUUGCAGCACUGGAGGCCAAACAAAAACCACAGUCCACACAGCCUGGUGUGCAUGGAGGGAGCAGAAAUGGCAAAUCAGUCCAUCUACCAACCAAAGGGCUUAGUAAAGAAGACUACGCUAUUGCUGAGAGGCUUCAAAAGCUAAAAGAAGACACCAAACCAAAGUCUAUCCCUUCUGAAAAGGAGAUUGAGUCACGUCUUGCUGCUCUGAAAACUCCCAGCCAGCCAGUGCCUUCUUCAGAGGAUAUGGAGGAUCGCCUGGCAGCUCUGCGGGGUCAGCCACCUCCAUCUCAAGCUCCUCGACCAGUACACCAGCCUCCUGACACCAGGACUCAAACUGAAAAAGCCAAUGAUUUGAUUACUCAGAUGGCAGAAGAAGUCGCCAUUGAUGACCAACAGUCAAGUCCAGAAGAUAGUGUAGAUAUGAACGAUCUCAACAAAGGCGAAAGUGCUGCUUCAGACGAAAACCUGGAGGACAACCAGGGAGCAGUGAGACAGCAGGAGGCAGAGAAAGACCGUCUGCUUGAAGAAGCCAUGAAGGAACUGAAGAGGGAGAAAUAUUCCCAGGAUGAGAUCCUUCACAUGGCCAAGAGGCUGGCACAGUUAAAAGGGCAGGAUCCAGAUAAAGUCACAGCAGAGGAUUUCAGACAACCUGACAGUGAAGAAGAGACUGAGGAAGAAGCCGUGAGGAGAGUCCUGAAACAGCUUUCAGAAGAAGCUGCACUUGAUGAAGCCAGUGGCUACAACAUACCUAUAGAGCACAGCGGACCCAGGAACAGAGAAAAGAAGAAAACCUCUAAAAAACCAACUCCGGCUCCGACGAGCUGGACCUCUCCCGCUGCUGCUGCACAUGAGCCGUCAGACAGCGACGACGAAGAACUUCCCUGGUGCUGCAUCUGUAACCAAAACGCCACCCUGCGUUGCCACACCUGUGACGGAGACCUGUACUGCAGCCGCUGCUUUCGGGAAGGCCAUGAUAAAUAUGACAGGAAGGAGCAUCACACCAGUAGCUACACUGCUCCGAAGAAGAAGAGGAAGACAUGAUACUGAAGAUGUUCAUCUUAUUAAACUCUGACCUUUCAUGGCUAUAGGACUUGCUUUUUAGCCUCACAGGAAGUAUUGCAGUAAUCUAAAACGGCUUUAUAGGACAUAAAAGCACUACUAUAAACCAGAGCUCAUCAUAACACAUUAACUUACAGGGCCUAGCUUAAGGAUUAAUCAACACCCUCAGGGGGUUUUACAGUUUUUCAUGGCACAACCACAAACUUAAUUGUAUUUUAUUGGGAUUUAUAGUGAUACACCAACACAAAGUAGCAUGUAUUUAUGUUGCGGAAAAUAAAGGUUACAUGGUUUUCAACCUGUGAUGCGACUAUUUCUGUUUAUAGUCUUAAUGUUCCACUUGAAAGUGAACCUCUAUCUCAUCCUCAAGUCUAAGGUUUUUUUCCUGAGAUUGUCUUCUUCUUCACUUCCUCCUCCAACCCCCACAUAGUACGAUACUGCCACCACAAUGUUAAGUGUGUUAAGAGUUUUAUUUUUCAACACAGAUAAUGUUUUAAAUAUUUACCAAGUAGUUCCGUUUGGUCUCAUCUGAGAAGAGCAUAAUUUUUCUUCAUGGCUACUUUUUAUCACUUGCACACUCACAGUUGUCUUGAUGAUUGAUUCUCCAACUUGAGGUAUACAUUUAGUUUUCAAAGACUUUUGACAUCAGCUGGUUGAACUGGAGUUUAUUUAGGGGUAUCGGUGUAAAAGAAACUAAAUACAUAUGCUUUCUAGUUAAUUUGUGUAAAAAAAAAAAUCUGUAGAGUGGUUGUGUUUGUCAUUUAUAUUAAAUCCCUAUAAAAGACAAUGAGAUUUGGGGUUGUGGUGUGACAAAAUCCCAAAACUUUGUAGGGGUUGAUUCAACUUGCAAGGCAAAGUGUAGUGAGAAACUUAAGACAUUUAAAAAUAAUGUGAAGACUUCUAGCAGCGGUUAGACUAAAAUUAGACAAGCAAGACGUGUAAUAUCUAAAACUUAUCUUCUUAGAACUUGCU